CAACCCGACCGAAACCGCACCAAAAUCCUCGACGCGCUCGAUCGGGGCGGGGUGGACGCGAGGGCUGCAACGGUUCUAGCCCUUUUGUGAGGACGGGGAGUCCUGGGUGGAGUGCGCUGUCGUGGCGGAGGACCGGGUGUGGCGGGCGAGCAGAAUGGAGGACAUUCAAGUAGGUGCGGACGAGGACGCGAAGGCCGAGAGUGCGGUUAACAACGCCCAGGGUCGCCAUGAGCCCCAGGGACCCGUGCUGCCCCCUGACGGCGUGGACCUCAAGCUGUCUGUGGCGAUGGAGGCGUUCCGCGGGGAGCGCGGUGCGGGGGGGUCGUCCCCGGACAACCCCGAUCAGCUGGAGAAGCUGGACAAGGGGCGUAAGCGGCGCAAGCACCAGCACCGUCAGCGGCACGUCAGGAACAACAAGAAGGGGUGGCUGUGGAGGCGCGAGCUGGCGGAGGCGACUGCCGGGGCGGGCGCGCAGGCGGGCGGGGGGAGUCCCACCCGCACCGCAGGGCUGCCCACCGCGCUGCCCGCCCCCAACAACACCACCCAGUUCAUCAUGGAAGACCACACGGACCUGCAGGACCUGGACCUGGAGGCGCAGCGGGGCGCCAGGACCACCAGGUCCAGGGACCCCAGCUUCAGCAUUGACUCAGAGGAUGAGUCCUCUUCCUACGAGGAAGAGCUGUACCUGUCCAAAGAGUUCUCCAACACAUAUGAGGAUGUCCACGUAGAACGGUUGGGUACCAUGACCAAGCUAGAUCUCAUACAAGAGUAUUUGCAGCUCGAACAACGAGUUAAUGUGCUAGAGAAAAAACUGACAGGCCAGAAUACAAGUUCAACAACAGCGGACAUGAGUGGUAAUGGUGUGACAGGAACUGAUUCAGACAGUGAGAUAGCUGAAGGGGAAGUGCCAGUGGAGCCGGCCAUGGUAGAAAAAAUAAGAAUUUUUCAAGAAGAGAUACAAAAACUUGUUGUUGAAAAUGAACUUUUGGUUCAAGAAAACCAAAGGCUACAGUCAUCCAGUAGUCUUGUAAGACCUUCAUCGUCGUCUCUCUCAUCCUCCAUUGACUCAGAAAGUGAUAGUUCAACAACAUCUGGUAGUUCGUCGUCAUCAAGUAGCUCAGGAAAAAGCAAAGCCAGUAAAGGAAGCAGGUGUAGCAAGGCCAGUAGAUCAAGCAGCUUGAAGAGCCGUGAAAAUGUAAUACCUCAAACAGUUGGUCCUGAGAAUGAUAUAUUAGAUGUUGAAAUGACUGCUGAGGAUCAGUCAAACACAUUGACCCCUCUUUCACAGCAAGAUCAAGAAAUGGAAACAGAAUCACCUGGAGAGGCUCUUAAAGAGCCCUCGAAUCAAGAGAGUUCUCCUGCUUUUGUCUAAAAUUGCUUCUUAGAUCGCCAUAUAAUUGGCAUUUCUUGACACAUUAGUGAUCUUUCUUUAUUUUGAGCAGAGUGGGUCUCAUAAUUGUAAAUUUUCAUAGAUGGCCAAAACAUUGUAAUUUUU